AUGCCCAAAUACGUGUUGACCGGCGUGGGUGGUAAUAUCGGGGGCAUUGCGGCCUCGUAUGCCCUGGAAAUCGCCCAGAAAGACACCGUCCUCUCCUUCACCUCCUCCGAUCUCGACAAGAUCCCAGCCCACACGCUCGAGGAGUGGAAGACCAAGGGCGUGACGGUCUCUGCCGCCAGCUACGAUGACAUCGACAGUCUGAUCCGCGUAUUCCACGGCGCUGACGCCGUCGCGUUCAUUUCCACCUGGGCAUUUGGCCGCCGUCCUCAACAGGCGCAGAAUGUCAUCGACGCCGCCAAAGCCUGCGGUGUGCGGCGCAUCUGCUAUACCUCGUUUGUGGGCGCCGAUGAUCCCGCCCCAGUGCAUGCGAUGCCUUUCCUACCCCGAGACCAUAAGCAGACGGAAGCCCUCAUCCGUGCCUCGGGCCUGGAAUACAACAUCCAGCGCAACUGUCUCUAUCUAGAUAACAUCCCGACACUCUUUGCUCCGUCGUGGAACUUCUGCGGCGGCCGCUGGCUCUCCAACUCGCAUCAUGUCCCUGGCGCGUAUGUCGCUCGGGAAGACUGUGGUCGAGUGCUCGCUGCCCUUCUUCUGGGCCGCGGUGAGCCGAACAAAGUAUAUCAAGUUACAGGCCCUGAGGCUGUGACAGACGAGCAGAUUCUGCAUUCGAUCUGUGAAAAUCUCGCUGGAGACGACAAGAUCCAGUUUGUCGAUCUGCCUGAUGAAGAGCUAAAAGACUAUUGGGUUCGACGGGGGCUGCCCACUGAUGUCGGAGAAGUCUCGAAGCUGCCCAUGAAGCUCUGCGUGGAUGAUCUCCUGUGCUGUGGCGAGAUGGUGGCCAAGGGAUACAUGGCCAAGACUAGUAAUGCGGUCGAGAUACUCACAGGCAGGAAGCCUCUCUCGGUGCAGGAUGUUUUGAACAAGUAUCAAGGACUACUGCGUGAAGUACUCUAG